AUGGGUCAAGACAUAACCGAAUUGAAAGCCUUUAAGGAAGAAGUAAAUUCUAACUUGCAAAAUCAAGGAGCUGCCAUCCAGAAGUUAGAAAAUCAAAUUGGGUAUUUGUCUAAGCAAACCCCUGGGCCAAGCGUUUCUCAUGCUGCCAAGGUUAUUGCAAGGGAAGAAUGUAAGGCCAUAACCCUCAGAAGUGGAAAGAAGCUAAAGGAGAUCUCAAAGGAAACCACAGAGGAUGAAGCAAAGGAAAAUGUGAGAGACAAGGAACAGGGACAAUCUUUUACACCGUCUACAACAAAAGAAAAAGAAAAAGAGGUCCUGAAGCCUUAUACACCCAAAGCACCAUAUCCUCAACGUUUGAUGAAAAGUGAAAAGGAUGGCCAAUUCUCCAGAUUUUUGGAGAUUUUCAAGAAGCUUCAAAUCAACAUUCCGUUUGCUGAGGCAAUGAGCUAUCCAUCAGAAUCACUAAAGGAAUGCAUGAGGGUGGAUGUAGUGGACAUUGCAGUACAAGAAACCUUUGAGGAAACAACAAAGGAAGUGGCAGAGGAUGAGUUCACCAAGGAUAUUGAAGUUAGUGACAUCAAGGCUGCUGAAACAACCAUGCCAAGCAUGCCAGAGAGAGUGAAAGAAGAGAAGGAAGCACCAAAACCUGAGCUCAAAGCAUUGCCCCCUAAUCUCAAGUAUGCAUACUUGGACAUAGCAAACUUCAAGGCCACUGGGAGUUUGCCGUUGGAAUUUAACAAGCAUCAAAGGAAGAAAUUGGUAAAUAAUGCCAAAUACUUCAUCUGGGACGAACCAUACUUGUUCAAAAAAUGUUCGGAUGGCAUACUCAGAAGAUGCAUAUCAGAGGAAGAAGGAAGGGAACACUGCCAUGAAUGCCAGAAAGCGGGGAACCUGCCAAGAAGAAAUGAAAUGCCACAACAAUUCAUUCUGGAACUUGAAUUGUUUGAUGUAUGGGGGAUAGAUUUCAUGGGACCCUUUCCCACCUCAUACUCAAAUAAUUACAUUCUUGUGGCAGUAGACUAUGUCUCCAAAUGGGUUGAAGCAAUAGCAACUCCAACCAAUGAUAAUAAGGUAGUCAUGAACUUCCUCAGAAAACACAUUUUUUGCCGUUUUGGGGUUCCAAGAGCAAUCAUCAGUGAUGGAGGAAGCCACUUCUGCAACAAACCAUUAGAGGCAUUGCUUCUAAAAUAUGGAGUCAAACACAAGGUAGCCACACCAUACCAUCCACAGACAAGUGGGCAAGCCGAAAUAUCUAAUAGGGAACUCAAAAGAAUCCUAGAAAAGACUGUGGGAACUUCAAGGAAGGACUGGUCGAUUAAGCUAGAUGAUGCUCUUUGGGCAUAUAGGACAGCUUUCAAAACACCAAUUGGAAUGUCUCCUUACCAACUAGUAUAUGGAAAAGCUUGCCAUUUGCCACUGGAGUUGGAGCACAAGGCAUUCUGGGCCUUGAAACUCUUGAACUUGGACAGCAAAGCUGCUGGAGAAAGAAGGAUGUUGCAAAUUCAAGAGUUGGAAGAAUUCAGAGCUGAAGCUUAUGAGAAUGCCAAAAUUUACAAAGAAAGAGCAAAGAAGAAGCAUGACAGUAACAUAGCCCCAAGGAAAUUUGAAGAGGGACAAAAAGUAUUGCUCUACAAUUCUAGGCUGAAGCUAUUUCCAGGGAAGCUAAAAUCAAGGUGGUCUGGACCAUUCCUUGUCACCAAGGUCUCCCAAUAUGGACAAGUAGAAAUCAUGGAAGAAAAGUCACAACGAACCUUCACUGUGAAUGGUCAAAGACUCAAACAUUACUUGGGAGAUGUGGAGGAGAAGGACAAGGUUAAAUAUCACCUCAACUGGGGAAGCUGA